AUGAAAUAUGUGUCUGGGUUAUUCGUUCUAUCCGUUGCUGUUACUGCCCCAUGCCUGUCUUCCAAAGCUCUACAAUUUGUGGAGAGGGGACACCCAAAUACUCUAGGGGCAAAAGGUGACUCUUUCAUUGAAAACGCAGCUCAUUUACUCUCUGAUAAUGAAAAUGCUGACAGUGACGGCGCGUUUCGCCAUGAUUCUCACAAAAAAUCCAACCUUUCACAUCUGAGAGGCCAGAAUACAGCCCUCAUGUGGGCCAGGCCCCCUCCAAUUAAAACAGGUAGUAUUUCCUUCUCUCAACAACAAUCCGACUCGGAAGCUUCCCAGUCUAGAGAGGCGGAAGAAAGCUCUGCAGAAUCAAGCGAGGAGAGCCACGGGGAAAAGUCGAAUGCGGAGGCGACUUCUGCUGGUCCAGAGGAGGAUAGAAGUCAAGGGGAAAAGCACAUUGGCGGACGACUUAAGCCAUCGGACAAAGAAGUGGACAAAGAAAAGCAGGCUGAUAGUGCCGAAAGCCAUUCUGGCUCUGGCGUAGAGGAAAGUAAAAGUGAAAAGCGCGGAGAGCUUACACUCCAUCAAGGCGAGAACCAGAUGAACCACGAUAAAGAAUCAGAUGCGAAGGAUAUAAAUAGAGUAAAACAAGAAGAAGCUGGCUCUCCGAAGGAAGAAUCAACUCAAGAAAAUAACCCUCAACACACCCCUGACGACGAAAAGCCCAAAAUGAGCCACGAUGAUCAUGAACCAGCAAGCCACACUGACAACAGCAGUCAAAGUGAACCUGAAAUUCAAACUCAACACGAUCUAAGUGGUGGAGAGAGCCCAGAAGCCAGGUUCGAUUCUCUUAUUGAUAGGAUGCGCCUGUUGCUGAAGGCAUCAAAAGGCAAGGAGAUCAUAGGCCAGCUGGCGAACAUACUCGAACUACACGAGAAAACAGCAGAAGCACAAAAACAGCUAAAAGAAGAGGUAGAAAAAACGGAGAGCCAAGAUGGAAGUGCGAAAGAAGAAAGCAAGCCGAACCUCGACGUUCAGCAGGAUUUGCUGCUUAGCCAGCAGCUGAGCAACAUGUGGGCACUGCCUUUCUAUGAGGAUGAGAAAAGGGCUGUCUGUCUUUCCGGCUUUGAGAAGCUUACCCAUGAAGCAACUAUCGAGUGCUCUGAUUCCGAGUGUUUCAAGUUGGAAACUCAGUCAGAUCAGUGCCCCUACAUGUCAAUUGUCUCUAUAAUGCGCAAAGAAGAUUUAGACAGAGUCAAAGGACUCCCCGAAGCUGCAGAGAAGCAUUCUGCUCAUGGAACAAAAGAUCACAUGUUGCUGGGAUUCGACGGAGAGUGCAAGAAUUCGGAAAACCUAGGAAAAGAAAUCUUGAAUAUGCUUCAACGGCCUAAAAGCUUGGCUGAAAAACGCACACUGGAACAGUUUAACGGUACUGGAGGGACAGUGCCGCUUCAACAACACCAUUUAGAUUUGAUUUGCGACACAGAGGAUAAAGCGGAGUAUCCUGCAUGUAAAACCGUAUUCGAGGCCCUUCAGCACUUUAAAACACCAGAACCAAGGGCUUUACCGGAGCUUCUGGUUCUGACUGAUAUAAGGGACUUAAAAAACACCCUCGGAUUGUACAGAAUCAGUUUUCUCUUUGAAGGACUGGUACAGUUUACCUCGCCGGAUGGAUCUAAAAUUGACGCCUCAAAGCACAAAUUACCUCUAAAAGAGGCAAAAUUCGUGUACGAGCACCGGCAUCAAAACAUUGCAUCUACCGUGAUGCUAAAGGGUGACUAG